AAUGUAUCCGUUGAUAAAACCUUGGGUCGAUAGGAAACUCUUGUUUAGAUGAACUUGAGGUGUUGAGGAGAAAGUUUGUUCACUGGGAAAGGAAUGCAUUCAAUCAGGAACUUCUUCUGUGGCCGCUGGUCAUGUGACGUGCGUCUGGACGGUCAGACUGUCAUCAUCACAGGAGCUAACACUGGCAUUGGCAAAGAGACAGCCAGGGACCUGGCCAAGAGAGGUGCUCGCAUCAUCAUGGCGUGUAGAGACAUGGAGAAGGCGGAGGGCGCCAGGAAAGAGAUCACAGAAGAUUGUGGAAAUGAAAACAUUGUCAUUCACAAACUGGAUCUGUCUGACACCAAGUCUAUCAGAGAGUUCGCUGAGCUGAUUAACAAAGAGGAGAAGCAAGUCAAUAUCCUGAUCAACAACGCUGGCAUCAUGAUGUGUCCCUACUCUAAGACCAAGGACGGCUUCGAGAUGCAGUUUGGAGUCAACCACCUGGGUCACUUCCUGAUGACCAACCUGUUGUUGGACCUGAUUAAGCGCUCGGCGCCAGCCCGCAUCAUUAACGUGUCGUCAGUGGCUCACACCUGGACCAGCAUGAGACUGGACGACAUCAACAGUGAGAAGAGCUACGACCAGGUCAAGGCCUAUGGACAGAGCAAACUGGCCAAUGUCCUCUGCACACGCUCACUGGCCAAACGACUGCAGGGCACUGGUGUGAGUGUGUUCUCCCUCCAUCCGGGCGUGGUCCAGUCAGAACUGUGGAGACACCUGAACAGUCCUGUCCAGGUAGCGGUCAAGGUGUUCCGGCCAUUCACUAAGUCCGCUGUAGAGGGAGCUCAGACCUCCAUAUACUGUGCUGUGGAGCCAGGACUGGAGAAGGAGAGUGGAGGAUACUACAGUGACUGUGCACCUGCGAGGUGCUCCAGGACAGCCUCUGAUGACGACUUGGCCCAGAAACUGUGGGAGCUGAGCUGCAAGAUGCUGGCCAUCACCUGGGAGUAAACACACGACACUAGGCUGCAUCUCAAAUGGCACCCUAUUCCUCAUGUAGUGCACUGAAUACAUUCCGGAUGUAGUGCACAACGUGGCUUUAGCCAACAGUAGGGCACUGUAUGGCAAAAAUGCUAUUUGAUAUUUACCCAGUGUAUUUCUACAGGUAGUAUAUUCUCACUAUGUAGAUUACAAUGUGUAAAGAGCAUUACUACUGUAUGUGUGUAUAUAUAUACAGUGAGGGAAAUAAGAAUUUGAUCCCCUGCUGAUUUUGUACG